AUGGAGGGCUCAAAAGCUCCAAGUGAAGUAGGAUCGGAGCCUUCUGGCAUCAAGGUGAUCGUUGUCGGCGCAGAACUUAAAUCACUUGGCGAUAUCAUCUCUUUCGGGCCUAAUGCUGGUCGCAUAUUCCGCCGUUGGUCAAAUGGAAAGAUUGCGGAUCGUUUGAAGCCCCUCAGUAUUGACCUAGAGGGUCAUGGCUUUAAGAUCCACAAAUGGACCGGCGAACUGGUUCAUACACAGAAAGCACACAAUCCGGACCCAGAUGCACCGGUUUUCAACGGUCAUCGUGGUGAGCUGCACACAGUGGUUUUUAACUAUGCCAAGGAUGAGCUUGGUAUUCCAAUCCAUCUCGGCCAGAGAGUUCUGGAAUAUUUUGAGGAUGAGAAUCAAGCAGGUAUAGUUCUGGAGAGUGGAAUAAAGGUACAGCCAUACGGACCCCUAAAUUAUGGCGAUUUUGACUCAUUCCAUUAG